AUGGCGGCCCUGGAUAACGCUAACCCCACGAUCCUGAGCGAAUCCGAACUGCCUUCACACAGACAAAGACGAAGGACUAGAGCGGAGACAUCAAAGAAGAGUGGCAUUCGAGAGCUGCUGAUGGCGAAGCCGAGUUACGCCUUGGACCCGUUCUACAUCUCAGAAUUCUCGGACACCGACACGGACGACUCGAGCGUAGGACCCAUCGACGAACAAGAGAUCUAUGAUCUCAUUGCAUCGAUAGCAGACCCUGAACAUCCCCUUUCACUGGAGUCCUUAGGCGUGGUAAAGCUCCAAGACGUCCACCUCACUUCACCUCCAGAUCUUGCCAAACCUGCAGCGCUGUCACGCGUCCUCGUCGAGCUCACACCUACGGUAUCGCAUUGCUCACUUGCAACGGUUAUAGGCCUUGGUGUCCGUGUUCGGCUUGAACAAGCUUUGCCUCCUAGUUACCGGGUCGAGGUCAAAAUCAAGGAAGGUACUCACAGCUCAGCCGAAGAACUCAAUAAGCAAUUGGCGGAUAAGGAGCGAGUUGCGGCCGCGUUGGAAAACGAGAACCUGAUGGGCAUGCUGAAGAAAAUGAUGAAGCCAUGCGUAGAAACAUGA